AUGGCGAAUAAUCUAGGCCAUCCUAAUAGAUCUUGCGUUUCCUGCAAAAAACGCAAGGUGAAAUGUGAUAGAAAAACACCUUCAUGUGCUGCGUGCUUAAAAUCCAAACACCGCUGCCAUUACACGUCUUAUUCACCUCCCGAAGAUUCGUUAGUUUCCGUUCCGGAAAAUGAGGAGAUCAGGCAACAACAAUUGAUUCAAAAUUCAAGGAUGAUGUCGGACGUAAAAUUACAACCUCCUACGAUUAUCAAACAAUCUUAUAUGUUACCGCAGCAAUGUCAACCCCAAUCGUCUGCUUAUAUUAAUCGAAACUUAUUUGAUUCUCCUUUGCAGCCGACAUCUCCAGUUUCAAUCGAUAAUUAUACUCUACCAAUGCGUAGUACUAUUACAUUAACUUACAACUGGAAUGGUCUAUUACAAAUAAUGGAACCAACACUUAUUCCAUAUCUUCAAUCUUUCACAAAAGGAGCUGGACCAGCUUUACCUAUAAAUGGUUUCGUAAAUGUUAUUCAAUUACAAAAUUGGAUUUGUGAAAAAUUUAUAGCUUUAAGUCAAGAAUGGAAAGGAGAUUCUAAUGAUCAACUUUAUGUUCUUGAUCCUGAAGAAAGACUUAAAUUAAGACCAAUUACAGAUUUUAAUCAAUCAUUACAACAAGGAUCAUUUCCUGAACGUCAACAAUUUGAAGUUACUAUUGAUAGAGCAGAAUAUAUCUCUGAUGAACAAAUACAAAUUAGAGAUUUUAAAACUUUUGAUGAUUCAAAUUCAAUGGAUAUUUUCCUUAAUAAAAUUUACGCAUUUGUUCGUAGAUUUUUGAAGGAUGUUCCUUGGGUACGAGAAAAUUUCCCAUUAAAUUUUAGAAGAGCACCAUUAAAUACCAUUGAUUUUGAUCCAUGUGAUGGUUUAUUUGAAGUUACAGUUGAAGUUCGAAAGAAUCAAUCACCUUUAUUUUAUUCUCAACAACAAAAUCGAACAAUAUUCCCGAUUAAUAAUGAUAUGUAUGAAUCACAGAAUGAUGUUACAGUUAAAGGACGAUUCGUAUUUUAA